AUGGAUGCACUUGCCGUGGAAUCCUUCCGGUGCAUUAGUGAAUACACCCAGCAGCAUAUAUCGAACAUCAGCUGGGCGUUCGCAAAGUUGCUCGUACGCAACACGUCUCUGUUGACCGCAUUUGCUGGGAAGAUCCAUGUGGAAAUCGAACAGGCGCAAGCGCAAACCUUGUCGAGCAUGGCUUGGUCAUUUGCAAGGCUUGCAAUGCGAGAUACAACUUCCAGUGCUUUUUUGGCCUCGAUCUCCAAAGCUGCCCAGCAGCGAUUGCCACAGUUUGGUGCCCAGGAGAUUGCAAACAGCUCCUGGGCGUUUGCGAUGAUGGUGAUCGCAGAUACAAGUCUAUUCAAUUCUUUGGCUUCAUCGGCCAAGGAGGCACUGCCCAGUUUUCUGGUGUUGCAUGUCUCCAACACUUUAUGGGCUUUCGCUGCUGUGGCAAUGUCUUCAACGCAUUCAACAUGGACCUUUCUGGAGGCUUUGGCAGAAGUGGCUUUGACAAAGAUCUCAGCGUUUGGUUCUCAAAGCUUGUCCGCGACUGCCUGGUCGCUAGCGAAGCUGAUUUUGCGGAAGGAAGAACUUCUGGAAGCGAUCUCUGCUCAAUGUGUGCUGAAGGUGGCGUCCUUUGCUCCACAGAAUUUGGCCAAUGCCGCAUGA